UUGAGAAUGUUUUUUACAAAUGAAUAUCCUAUGCUAUAAUUUCAAUAUUUUUUGUAUGUAAUCUUAGAAAAUAUCUAAUCUUACAAAUGGAAGUACAUAUAUUUUACUUGGUAAAGCUAUUUUUAGCAAGUUACAAAAUUUAGAUAAAAUGAUGAAAAUAUAAAUAAUUAUUGAACAAUUAUUAAUGCCACUUGCAUAUGAUUUAAACGAAUAUAUUAAUAUAUUGUAUAAUCAUUAUUCAAAAUAAAGAAGAGGUAUUAUAUCCUAAAUAAAAAAUUCUUAAUUUAUCACUGCUAUCACAAAUUCAGUUGCCAAUACAAAUUAUGUAUAUGUGAAAUAAGUCUCCAACGUAGUGUAUAAGACAUCCUUACAAAUUUCUAACUAUACUUUUAUAUUGGUACUAUUAAUACUCUGAAGGUAGCUUUAUAUGAUGGUAAGUUUUGAUUGGCUUUCAAAUCUUGUUUACGUUAAAAUUUGUGAGUUCAAAAGUGAUGUGAUUGACAGCGAAUAAUUAGUACUUAUCAGUGAACUUUUCAUAAAUUUAUUAAGAUGGUACGAUAUGCUGCACUUAAAGGCUUGUACGAUUUGGAAAAGACCAUCGGUAGCGGAGGUUUUGCUAAAGUUAAACUUGCCACGCAUAUUGCAACCGGCGAAAAAGUUGCUAUCAAAAUAAUGGACAAAACAUCAUUGGGUGACGACUUGCCAAGGGUUAAACUAGAAGUCCAGGCAUUAAAAACUUUAUUACAUCAACACAUUUGUCGAUUAUAUCAAGUUAUAGAGACAGAAAGUCAUUAUUUUAUGAUAAUAGAAUACUGUUCAGGAGGAGAAUUAUUCGAUCAUAUUGUUGAAAAAAAUAGGCUUUCUGAAACAGAAUCGAGAAAAUUUUUUCGUCAAAUUGUAUCUGCAGUAGCGUAUUUGCAUAGUUUAGGAUAUGCUCAUCGUGACUUGAAACCAGAGAAUGUCUUGUUAGAUAGAGAAGAGAAUUUAAAACUCAUAGAUUUUGGAUUAUGUGCAAAACCAAAAAAUGGGAUAGAUUCACAUUUACAAACAUCCUGUGGCUCUCCAACGUAUGCAGCACCAGAACUUAUAUUAGGAAAGAAAUAUUUAGGUUCAGAAGUAGAUAUAUGGAGUAUGGGAGUCCUUCUUUAUGCACUACUUUGUGGCUUUUUGCCUUUUGAUGAUAACAGUAUAGAGAAUUUAUACAGGAAGAUCCUUAGUGGUAAAUAUGACGAACCAUGCUGGUUAUCAAACAGUAGUAGGAGAUUGAUACGAGCAAUGCUACAAACAGAUCCAAAAAAAAGAAUUACUAUUCAAGAACUGUGCAAUCACCCAUGGGUUACAGCAGGAUUUCUUAAUCCCGUUUCAUUUGUUCAUAAAACUAAUUUUGAAAAAGAUGAUGAUGUACUAAGUACUAUGUCUGCAAUAUGCGGUGAACAUCCUUCAGAUAUAUGGAGAAAAUUUAUGAAAAGUGAUAGAACUGAUUAUAAAACUGCAACAUAUCUCUUACUUUUGGAUAGGAAACUUCGUGGACUAUCACUUCGAAUAUCAUCUUCUGCAAAAUCUCAUCUUAAAUCUGAGUAUGAGGAAGAAGGUAAUGGUAUUAUAACUAAACUUGAUUGCUCUCCAAGAAGCAAAUCUGUUAGAUCACCAGUAACAGAUACUAUCUUCAAAAGUUUGCCAAAAACGCCCGAGACUACUAACGAUUUCAUGGAACCACAUUUGCCUGGUAGAAAACGACUUCGAAGUAAGGAAGGAGAUGAUGUAUAUUCUCCUGUUCCAGCAAAGAGAAUUGCAGAAAAAGAUAGGCUUCUUUCUACUCCUACCAAUACUCCAGUGUUAGACUCAAGGUAUUUGUGUCAUAGUAAUUAUAACAGCAAAGUAAUAGCUAAGGAAAGUAUUGAGAAAAAAAUAUUUAGGGGGUCACAGUCGUCUACACCGGGAAGUGCAAGAAAAGUAAUAAUGGGCUUGGAACGUGGUUUGAAUCGUGUACGAUGCGUCCUUACGCCAAAGAGACGUGCGAAGAACGAAAGUACUGAUCCUGAUCAACCUAAUGUACUUUCCGGAAAGGGUCUUUGUAAUGUAUCAUCAACGUCCAGUGAUGACCCUAAAUAUGUUCUUUCGCAAUUACGUCGUGCUCUUCGUCGUAAAGGAAUUAUGUGUCAUCAAAAAGGGUUCAUUCUACAAGGAGAAACGGAAGAUUGUACAGAAGAUUAUAAAGAUACGAUGCGACCAUUCUCAUCAAGAAAUGCUUGUUCUUUCGAAUUAGAAGUUUGUUUGUUGGAGGGUGUUUCAAAUGAGAAAUUAGUCGGUAUUCGAAGAAAACGUUUAAAGGGUGAUGCAUGGGUUUAUAAACGAGUGUGUGAAGAAGUUCUCGCUCUGGCAGCUGAAGAUCUUUCUACGGAAUCAGAAGGUUCGACAGAAUCAAAAUGUCCUAUAUAAAGUCUUCCUGAUAAUCAUAACUUUCAUAAUAUAAAUAUAUAUUUAAAAUAAUACAUCACAGAAAGUCAAUGGGACUAUUCGUCUAUACUCUGAUCUCUACUAAUUAUAUUAAAUAGAUUUAAAAAAUAAGCCAGAUGUAAAGAAUAUGAACGUUUGUAUCUAUAAUUUCGGCAGAUAUUGUUUACGGCAUCUUUGGUAACUACAAAUAUAUCUGCAUUGUACGUGUCUUAGAACAUAGUUUCUUCUGAGAAGAAACGGGAGAAAUAUUACGAAAAAUAUAAAAUCUGUAGUAAAUAUUUCGCCGGUCUUCGAGCGAUAUAAUGGACUUAAAGUCUCAGUGAUUAUUACAAUCAUCAAUUGUGUAAUAUUGUUUAUACAGUAUAAGAGAAUUACAAAGAGAUUAUAUUUCUUACGAUCUUUCAUUUAGAACAGUCCAACAGGAAUAAAGUAACGUUAAAAGUAACUUUUAAACAUUAAGAGUAUUCAUGUAUUAUUAACUGUAUAAAAAUAAUCAGACAAUAAAAUUGAAAAUAUAUAUAUAUUUCUACAAAUGAAAACUAUUCAUAUUAAUUUAAUCAAAGCGGCUGUAUAAAAUACUAAGAACAAAACGGCAUAGUUCUUACUAGACUCAAGUUAGCAACACGAACGGCGAUUUCAUCUUCGAUCGUAGCACAAAGAAAUGUCUUAAAAGAAAACU